AUGGCCGCCGCCUCCUCCGACCCGCUCUUCCUCCCCGACCUGCCCCGCGUGAAGCAGCAGACGGAGCUCAACAACCUGCGCGCGCUCUUCCUGCAGCUGAUGCGGCAGGGCGACGCGCAGCCAGACAGCUUCCCCGGCUCGCAGCCCGUCUCGUUCGAGCGGCGGCACAUGAACGCGGACCAGCAGGUCUCGCUGCAGCGGAUGGGCUUCUACGCCUCCGAGAAGACGGACGGCAUGCGGUACAUGCUCCUCGUCCUCGGCGAGCGGGGCGCCUACGCCGUCGACCGCCGGUUCGAGUUCAUCAAGCUGCCGGCGAUGCACUUCCCCGCGCGCGGCGGCGGCGCCCCGCUCGACGAGACGCUGCUCGACGGCGAGCUAGUGCUCGACGCCGUCCGGCGCGGCACCGAGGAGGGCACCAUCGAGACGCGGCGCUCCCUCCGCUACCUGGCGUAUGACGCGUGCGCCGUCAGCGGGACGUGGCUGAUGGACAAGCCGCUGCCGCUGCGGCUGCUCGCGCUGCAGCGGGAGGUGAAGCCGGGGGGCAGCGGCGGGGAGCAUCUCUACGCGUACCAGGACGAGCUGCGCAAGGUCGAGCACGGCAACGACGGCGUCAUCUUCACACCGAUCCUGGAGCCGUAUGUCUGCGGCACCCGCCCGUCCCUCCUCAGGGACUGCGCCCACACUGGAUUCGAUACCCUGGAGGCCAACAUGAACUCGAUCGACUUCCAGCUCCGCACCGAGUGGAGGACCGAGUCGGAGACGGGGCGCAAGACGCCCCGCUUCUCCAUCCGGUAUGCGGAGCGCGGCUCGCUCAGCGCGCGGCGCUACGACUGGCUCACCCUGGACGGCGACCAGCACAAGCGGUUUGUCGCCGACUCGAAGGCGGACAGGCGCGUGAUCGAGUGCGUGUGGGACCCGGAGCACGAGACGAUCACGUACCCCGAGGGCGACACGUGGGACUUCCCGGCCGCGCGCAAGGGCGGCUGGAAGUACGAGCGGAUGCGCGAGGACAAGGAGCUCCCAAACGACAUCCGCACCGUCCGCGCGGUCGAGCAGUCGGCGCAGGACGGCGUUGAGAUGGAGGAGCUGCUCCGCGCGAUGGGGUGA